GCAAAUCAUACUCCAGCACGAAGUCGAAAGUGUGUCCAAAAUGCAUCAAACCUUCAACACUCACAGCAUGACAUUGCUGAGUGAUACCUCUAAGGCAGUCUUGGGAAGUCCAGAACUCUGGAAGAUCGACGCUGUAUUGUACCCACAGAUGCUCAAGGACAGAAGCUGAAACAAAAUGUACGGAAUGCCACGCUGUAAAUUGACCC